AUGCUCCGACGCUCUACCUGUGACGCAAACCAUAUUCGCCAAUUUUUCCUCUCCAAGCAUAGAUACUUUGCCCGCAGGAAGAAGUUUAUUGCGAAUAUGGACGAGACAAUGCUCUAUUCCAAACGUCGCUAUAAAGUUCUUACUGCUGGCCGGAAUCGCUCAGUUCGCGCUGAAAAGUCUCAGCUUCCACAUCUUACAGGGGUCUGUACCAUCUUUGCAGAUGGUACAACUAUGAAGCCAAUGGUGAUACUUCCACAAAAGAAGACCCUUGAUGCGGAAUUGGAAGAUCUGGACGCCUUUUUUGUUCGCUCCGAGAGUGGAUGGAUGAACAAAUACCUUUUUAUGGUAUACUGUAUCAUGUUCAUCUGCAAAGUACAGGAGAAAAGGUCUCAAAUGAAUGUGUUUGAUGCCCAGGUACCUUUUCUCCUAAUUGUAGAUGGUCAUCCAUCCAGGCUCUCUUUCUUGGCCGUUCGCCUCUUGAGCGCCUUCAAUAUCAAGCUUCUUGUUCUCCCAGGCCAUACAUCUCAUAUCUUACAACCUCUUGAUGUUGGGAUUUUUUCUCCCUUGAAGGCCCAAUUCAAGAAGUUGUUUGAUAUGGCGACUAUCCGGUACGAUCAGCAAGGGCAUAUGGUGAUCAAUUAUGUAUGGAACGCCAGAGAACUGCGCUAUAUCAUAGUUCGCAGCUUCCUUGAUGAUGUAGUGUGUCUUGCACAGCUACAAACAUCGAAAAUGCUUUUAAAGCAACAGGAAUCUAUCCAUUGGAUAUGA